AUGGCUCGCAAUACCAUGAAAAUGAUUCUUAAUGACUUUAACGGUGAUGAUGAAUUGCAGUUAAUAACGAUAGUUGCAAUGGAAGAAGAGCGACUCAAUAGAGAAAGAUGUUCGAGAAGACGUAGUGGUUCCAUCGAAGGCCAUGCAGUUAUUUAUCGCGAUCGAGUUCAAGGCCAUGAGAGACUUUAUCGAGACUACUUCUCAGAAACAGCUAUAUAUCCUGCCCAUUUAUUCAGGAGGAGAUUCCGAAUGAAUCGAUCUCUCUUUCUUCAUAUUCUAUCUACAGUGGAAGCAUACGAUCCAUAUUUUGUCCAGAAAACAGAUGCUGUUGGAAUCAUUGGUUUGUCUUCCCUUCAAAAAAUGACAGCUGCUAUGAGGAUGCUCGCUUAUGGAGUAGCAGCAGAUUCGGUGGAUGAUUAUGUGAGAAUUGGUGAAAGCACCGCCAUAGAGAGUCUAAAACACUUUGUUAAGGCGGUGGUUACAAUGUUUUCUGAGACGUACUUGAGGAGCCCUAACAACGAUGCUAUUUCAAGAUUAUUAGCGAUGGGAAGCAAUCGCGGGUUUCCUGGUAUGUUAGGGAGCAUUGAUUGUAUGCAUUGGAAGUGGAAAAAUUGUCAUACUGCACGGAAAGGUAUGUAUUCUGGUCACAUCCAUGAACCAACUAUUAUUUUAGAGGCCGUGGCUUCUCAAGAUUUAUGGAUAUGGCAUGCCUUUUUUGGGAUGCCCGGAUCUCAUAACGACAUCAAUGUAUUAGAUCGUUCUUCUGUAUUUUCACUCCUUACUCAAGGUCGUGCUCCUCCAGUCAAUUACUCAAUCAAUGGAAAUGAUUAUACAAUGGGAUACUAUCUUGCCGAUGGUAUAUAUCCGCAAUGGGCAACAUUUGUCAAAACAAUCUCAUCUCCACAAGGGAAUAAGCAAAUAUAUUUUGCAAAAGCUCAAGAAUUGGCAAGAAAGGAUGAUGAGCGAGCAUUUGGUGUGCUCCAAGCACAUUUCGCGAUUGUGCGAGGACCUGCACGUUUUUGGAAAACGGAAAUAAUGGAAGAUAUUAUGAUGGCAUGCAUAAUAAUGCAUAACAUGAUUGUUGAAGAUGAGAGGGAUGCCAAUGGAUUAGACUUUAAUUAUGAUACAAUUAGUGAAAGUCUUCCACCAAUGUCUCAUGAGCGUACACCAGAACUUUUUGAAUUCAUUCAAAAUCAUCAUCGCAUCAGAGAUAGAGGAACUCACUCCAAACUCAAACAGGACUUGGUUGAACACUUGUGGACACUACAUGGAGACUCUUUGUGA